AUGAAGGCGAAUGAAGCAGCUGAGAAAGAACAAGAGUACGUCCACAGGGUUUAUAACGAGAUAGCGCCUCAUUUCUCGCAAACUAGGUACAAGCCAUGGCCCAUAGUAACGCAGUUCUUGCAGACUCGUACAACAGGUGCUGUCGGUAUUGACGUCGGGUGUGGUAACGGCAAGUACCUCGGAGUGAACCCCAACGUGUAUAUUAUUGGGUCAGACCGCUCAGAUGGUCUCAUUGAGUGUGCUAGGGGGAUAAACCCAUCAUACAACCUCCUGGUGGCAGAUGGUCUCAAUCUACCACAUAAAGACAACACAUUCGACUUUGCGAUCUCAAUCGCCGUAGUGCAUCACUGGUCUACGAGGGAAAGACGUGUUGAAGUGAUCAGACACGUUAUAUCGAAGCUGCGCCAGGGAGGGCAAGCGUUGAUCUACUGUUGGGCUCUGGAGCAGGGCAGCUCCCGUAGGGGCUACCAUGAAGGCAUGGAGCAAGACGUCUUCGUACCUUGGGUUCUUCCCAAGGAUAAACUAAAACUCAAAUCCAAAUCUACGCCGAUUGUCAAGACCAAGACUAAGUCAAAGCCAGACUUGACGAAUAUUCCCCCAAAGGAGCGCUCCGAGUACUUGCAGCGCUGGAAAGAGGAACAACAACGCAGUGAGCUUUCCGGUGAUGGAGAAGAUGAGCAACAACAAGAUCAAGAGCAGGAAAAGAAAGAGGUGAAGUAUCGGUACUACCACUUAUACCGUGAGGGCGAAUUGGCUGAAGAUUGCCGCCAAGCUGGCGCCUCCGUGUAUAGUGAGGGAUUUGAGCGCGACAACUGGUGGGUGGUAGCCCAGAAGAGAUGA